GUGGGCAUUUCCAGAAUUUAGCAAUAGGCUGCUCACACAUUACACACACUCACACACCGCUACCGCUUCACUCUUUACCGCGACGCUCGGCCUGACGAGACCGACGGACAAAAUGACCAGACCCAUGGACAAAAUGGACCGUACCACUUUCCUGUACAACGUACCGCCCAGCCUCAUCGAGCACUUGUGCAAAAUCAUCGACAGCGGAGACGAUCAGUUCGGCUGGCGCGGAUUAGCCGCGCGCAUCGUGCCGAGCUGGCUCGAGGUGCGGCGCGCGGAGCGGCUCGAGGCGGCGGGCCGGAGCCCCGCGCGGGAGCUGCUGUGGACGUGGGCUCAGCAGAACCCGACCGUGGCGGACCUCGUCCGGGUGCUGGAGGACAUGGGACACCACUGGGCGCUGCAGCUUUUUGUCCAGCCAGGUGAAUCACUAUACUACGAUCAGUGUAGAAGGCCGACGGACGAUCUACCGGUGUCACGUGGGCACUUUUCACCGCCUGUAAAAUGCGAGGAAUCCGAUCAACUGGACGAGAGCUUUCUCCAUCAAGUGGGCCUGCUAAGUUUUUUGCUAUUACCUGGGGGCCAGCAGCGAUGCAGCGACCCGCGUCACGGCGUCCGUCGCCCGGCCUCUGUCCUCCCACGUGCCGGUGGAGAAGAUCUGCCAGCGGCUCGGCAGCACCGACAAACAGAUAUGUGAACUGAAAUAU